AUGCCAGGGGCUGAUUACGGGGCCUUUCAGCCGGGGCAGCCGACGCGAUUUCAGAGCAAUUUCUCCGAUUACUCAGCCCAAGACCGCCCGGGGCGCGGCUCCAACGACACUCCCGGGCCCGCGGAGCCCCCUACGCAGCCACCUCGCGGCCCCGGCCCCCCGCUCGCGGGCCUCGGCAGGAGCCCGCGACAGGCCAAACCGAGACCGCCACCCACCGGCACCGCGUCCGCCGGCGCUUCAAGCUCCAGCGAUCGGGUCCCUUUCUGCGGCCCCAGCCCUGGCAUGGAGACCUGUGCCUCCCCGGGGUGCAGCGAACCGGCUCCCUGCGGCCCCGAAACGGCCAGGGGGCCCCUGAGGCCUCCAUCCGUCCUCAGUCUGCGAACUCGCCGCUCAGAGGCCCAUCCGCCCCGGGCUCGCGCCGCUGCCCUGGGCUUUCGUGACCUGUGGCUCGCGGAGCUGGGCCCCCAGCUACGAAUCGCGGAGCUGAGAAAAGGGACGCAACUGCGUCUGCGGGGCGGAGGAAGGAGCUGCGGGGGCCGCUCAGGGUCAGCCUCGCCCACCCCACGGGAGCCAGAACGCCAGGGGGCUGUGCGCCUGCCGCCCGACCUCGCCCUGGCCGCUCGGCCACCUCGCCCGACCCGGGCGCCUGCGGCUCUGGCCAUCUCCGGAGACCAACUGGUUUUCAAAUGGACAGAACCGGGAACUGGGGAGCCGGGCGCCGAGCUUCCAAGGCUGAACCCGCCGGUGCAGACGACGGGGCGAGAGAGAGGAGACGAGCGCGCUGCCAGCUCCGGUCCCCGCCCCCGCCCCGCGCCGGCCGAGCAGGGAACCGGCCAACCGGGCUGCCCAGCGUCCCGCCGACGAGCUCCCGUGCGCGAACAGCAUGGAGCCCGGGCACGCGGGAAGGGGCGCCCCGCCGAGGUCCUCGAGAACCAGCCCGAGCGCCCACGAGAGAGGCCGCAGGCCCGUGGGCGGGGCCCGACCCGGAGCGAGGCCCGCGGCCAGCACUGCCCUCCGGGCCGCCGGGCGCCGCCGGCCGGGUGCGGGGUGCUGGGUGCGGGGUGCGGGGCGCGGGCGCGCAGGGAGGCCGGGCCGGACCUGCGCCCAGGGACUGAAUCUCCGCUGCGGGAGGCCUCGGAUCGUCGGGCCCAGGCCGGGCGGGGCACCGGCUCCGAGCUGCGGCCGGGGGCGGCGCAGAGCCGGGUCACCGCGUCCCCGGCUCCGGAAGGCGCGCGGGCGGGCGCGGGGCCGGAGGGAGCGCGCGCUCGGAGCCGCGUGCAGGGUUCAGCCGUGUUUCGGUUGCCCUCUGACCUGACCCUGGGCGCACAAAGGCCUCCCGGGUGCGCCGCCAUGGCCCAGCCUUCAGUCGCUGCCAAAUUAAUGAGCCCACGUCAGGUUGGGUUUACAGCUCGGCCGGGAAGCAGCCGAGUGGAAAAUGAGCCCGGGGCGGCCGCGGGGCCGGGGAAGUCGAGGCCGCGCCGCGGCGCCCUCCGCUCCCGCUCUCCCUGCUGCCGCCUCCCGAGGGGGCGGGCCUGCCGGGGAACCCGCUGGUCUGCGAGCAACGGGUCUGCCCUGCUUCCCGACGCCGCCGCAGACCCCGCAGCCGCGAAGCUCUCCACGCUGGACAGGGCGGGCCCCGGGUGCAGCGUCCCCAGCGCGGCCGACGACGAGACGGUGGAGGCGGCGGCGGCCGCGGCGGCCACGAGCGAGCGGCUCCAGCGCUCGCGCCCUGCCACGGGCAUCCUGGAGCGAGUCCCUCGCUCGCGCGCUGCCGGCUCCCGGCGGCGGCUGGGCGUCUCCACCGCACCCAUCCAGCCGUACGCGGGACGGGACCCUUUGCCGCGAGGCGGGCGUGGACCACGCCGCGUGGACGCGGACAGUGGCGGGGUGGCCCGGUGGGGAGGGUUCCCCCUGGCGGCGGCGCGGUGGGGCCCGGACCCGGAGCUCCCCGGCGUUUGGCGAGUGUGGCCGGCGCUCCCGGGCUUCCCCGCACUGGCCUGCGGGCCGCCGGGUUUUUCUUUCGUGAGGCCCCACUUCCCCUUCUCUGGAGCGACUGGGCGGGCGCAGAGGCGUUCCCUGGGGCUGCUGGAUUCUGAUAUUCCCGCGGGCUGCUUAGGGGCGCCAGCAGCCCCCCGAGAUUAG